CCUCACACUGGAACUCAGCCCAUAUGGAGCGGCUGUAAUGACGAUGCCCUGGGCUUGUUCUGCUUGCUCAGCAAACAGAGGCGACAAGGCAUCGUGGAUUUCUGGCAUCAUAAAAUGACAUUUUUUCAUCAUGCACACGGAACCCAUACUGUUCAAUUCGACAAAAGAGCUUCGAGUUUGUGGCGGUGCUCCAUUGCAGUUUGUCCCGUAAGAAUUAUAUCGUCUAGUUACGCUGCUACUCCGUCAAGUUUGCUAUCAUAG